UUUUACUCUUACCUUUCAAACCACAGUCCAUCAUCGUCGAUCUCUGCAGCGGAAGAGAGUAGAGAGCGAGCAUGGAGCACACAGUUUGGGGCCACUUGCCUCUGCUGGUGAAUUCCAACUCCAAAGAAUCGGUGGAGUACAUCCUUCAGGCCCUUUGGAGAACUCGCAAGACCGGCCUCGACGCCACUGACCGCCAUUUUAUUUCGGAAAUGCUUCAGCUCCCGAACCACUCCGACCUCGACCCUCUUUUGGUAUGUUUACGCAUGUUGAUGCGGAAGUGUGUUUAUGAAAAUAUCAGUAAGGAUGAAAUUCAAAAGCUGUUCCCUGAUGAGGUCCUGCCUGAAUUACAAAGAUUAUUGACACUUUUGCUGCAAAAGUUUCAAAGGGAAUGGCGGGAAGAUGUACUCAACGAUCAGGUUAUUAUGCCCCGUUUAAAGGCAAUGACGUGGAAUAUGGCCAAUCAGGAGACAGAAAUGUUAGACCCUGUGGCCGUUAUUAAUUUGAAGCUUCAAAAUGAUGCACAAUCUCAUUCAGGAGAAUUGGAAGUGAAGUUCCAAUUGGAUAAAGAUACACUUGAAACGAUGUUGAAGUCCAUGUACUCUAUAAGAGACCAAUUGUCUGAUGUCGGUGAGACAUCAAAUGGACAUUUACCUGAGGAGACAAAUACGGUGUAGUUUGCCAAUAUAUCUCAACAGGACAGGUACUUCUUGCCUUGUUUCCUGUUUCAGAUCUUUUAGAUUUCAUUCGGGAUAUCGUUUUCUGAAAUAAACUUGGCUUGAUUAAUGUAAGGAAACUUUUCUUUUUGUUUAUCUGAUUGCUAGUGGAUAUCCACACACAAAAAGAAUGUUUCUUUCCUGAGGAUUCUGUCCGAGGAUCUCUUCCCGUGUUUGAUAUACUUGGGUCCCUAGUCAUCAUAAAAGUUGCACAGGUCCAUAGACAUACUCACCUAUCUACCCUUCCCCUGUCUAUUGCUAAACUUGAGGUUGUUCACAUUAUGCUUCCUGUUCAGAAAUUUCUGGGGUUAUUCUCUAAAUUGUGGAUCUUGAUCACCCAAACCCCAGCAUUUUCAAACCAGCCUUGCCUGUUGAGCGUGGUUUAGACCACUUGCGGACCUCAAUACAAUCAUUUUUUCACCUGUGCAUUCUUAUGUGAUAUUUUUAGAUACCCAACAUAUUUGUGGACUGUCCUUUAGGUGCCCAUCCCUAGGAAGAUAUCUUACAUCUUUAAGGUUAAACCUUUGUCCAUGGUACAUGGACUGCUAGAAUUUUCCCUUACCAGAAGCCAAGCUUCUUCAACGGGCAUUUUAAAUUGAGUGGUUUAUCAAGAUCCAUGCAUGAGGAUGCACCCUAGGGUCUGUCAAACAAUGCGUUUGCUCAAAGAUUAUGGGCCAUAUGUCUUCACCACCAUGAUCCAUACCUUAAUAAAAUAUUUCUUGAUAGCCCUCAUAGCAAAAAAACAAAAAUUAUUCAUAUCUAGCUAAAACACUUGGGAUAUAAGCCUUUGUUAACUCAAGUGGUUUUACUAAAAGGCACUACAGGAUCUCAACAAAUGACCUUACUUCUUUUCCUGUUUUGGUGAGUAUCGUCCUCUAUAGUCUCUACCUAAUAUGCUGCAGACAUUUUUGUUCAAUUCUAGGCAAAAUACAAUGAACUAAUUCAAGUUCUUCUGAUGUUUAAUCCCACUCAAAAUUGCCAUUUUCUCUCAGCUUUGUAUUCAUCUUCCUCUGAAAAUUAUCUGUUUUAACCAAAAGUGUUUUUACUUUUUAGUUAGUGUCUGAACAUGACUGCUUUUUAUUUCACAAACAAAUGGGUAUCCCUUCCAACUACUUGUGUAGACAUGGGUCAUUCAUUACAAUGGGUAUCUAGUCCUAUAGGUGUUCUUUGCGGUUAUUUCAUAAUUACUCUUUCUUGGCAUCAUUCUAGCCUUGACAUCCACCUCAGGCAUCUCCGAGUGAGGAAACGCCUAUACGACAACCAACUCUCAAAAAGAAAACUCUAUGCAUUCAUUCAAAAAAACCAGCCCCCACAACCCACUCCCCAGAAAAAGUGAUGAUUAACUCAAUAGGAAAUAGAAAGUUUUCAGACUCUGCCUAGGCAUGCAAAUCUUUAUUAAUAAUGGUAACUUGUGACCCGGAUUUCCCAGUUUCAUCAUUGAAUCUCCAAUCCUUGUUCUUGCAGACUGCAGCUUUACCUUUGGGACCUAAGUAAUGUUGGGUUUUGUACAUUGUUUAACACUCGUAUUGCAAAAUUCUUGAAAUGCAGAUUGAGUGAGUGGGCAGAACCGCCUCAGUUGGGUUUCUCAACAAACCGUCCCUGCUUCAAAACCCGCCUGUAACCAACAGUGUUUCUCAGUGUGGACAAUGAAUGAGGGUUGAAAUGCAACAAGAAUCAGACACAGUGAAGAUUUUCCUUGUGAAAACCACAGUUUCAAACUUUGUUUCUAGUCUCUAUGUGAUUUACAUUUUCUCAGUUUAUACAUAUUUUAGCGGUGGUCAUCAAUCGCUAUUUUCAA